AGUCUCACUCAGCGACAGAAGUGAUGAAUCGGAACUCACUUGUUUUAUGCUCGAGAAAAAUUACACUUGUGAUAACUAUACCACUUUCUGGGAACAACACGAAACUGAGCCUUUUUAACUGAAACAUAAAGAAGCGAUUGCGAAGAAGAAGAUUCGAUCUUGUUUCUAUUUUUCUCUCGGACUAGUUGCAAUAAACCCUAAACACGUUUAUUGCUCAACUGCGACUAUCGAGAUUAACCACCUAAAUCUACGUAUAGAAGCGAUCCUAAGUGUAAGUUCCAAGAAGCAGCGAAACCUCGACAAAAUGGCUUCCUCCGCUGCAGUGCCCGCUAGUAGUGGAGGUCCUCCCUCUGCCAAGGUCCGGAUUCGAAACUUCGCCGGUCAUGAAGAAGUUUUAAGCGUGAAUCCAGAUUCCUGUACAACCAUCGGCGACCUGGUGGAGGCUUUCUACGCACAGGACCUGGCUGCGAAGUUCUUGAAGGUUGGGCAAUUGUACCCGCCCAAGCACCGCCUGAAAUGGCUGAAGUGGGAGGAAGAGGCAUCUGAAGAGGAGAAGUCAGCCGAGGAAGGAGCUGAGAAAGACGACGCAGCAGGAGCAGGCGAUGGGUUUUUGCCCACCAGCGCCAAGUUGGAUUUCCGUGCGGGGACUGCGUAUCAGUUCGUCAUCGUGGCUGCGCGCGAUUGGCAGGCGAACCUGGAAAAGCUGAAAAGGCCACCGCGACAAGAACCGAAAGCCGAUUAUCAAGUGCAAACAUGGUUGGGUCUGGAAAAGUGAAACCUGUAAUGCUCGGCUUGCACGACUGGAAAACAAACGAAAGGAAAAUCUGCAGCGCAUGAUUGACAAAUAAAGCAUGACCGCUUUCGUCGUGCAAAUGCAUCGCAGUUCGUGAUGCACGCUACGCAUGAGAAGGCGUCUGAACAAUUUAUUGUCAUGCUAGACUGCUAACAUGACAGAGGAUGCCCAGUCAUGCCAACCCAGCAUCACAAGUAUCCAGACCUACACAUGGUUGCUAUGGAUACGGAUACCGCUUCCGCCGUCGCAACAGGCGACGAGGAUGAAGAUGACCCGAGUAUCCUGAGUAGAAACGUUCGCACCCCAGGUUGAUUGUCAUGCAAAUCUGCAUGCCUAUGAUCAGAUAUUUCUGAUGCGCAGCCUCGACAUGUACAUGAGUAGCAUUUUCUAGUGGUGUUGUGGACCUUGGUAUGCUUGAUAAAUCAGGAUCAUCAGAAGCAACGGCAACCUCGAUCAGUGUUGCUGCCCAACUACUAACUCGCUACACAUGGCUACACUGCGUCGGGUCCAAACUACUCAUGCGCAACAACCAAAACCUGUUGAGUUGUCUAGCAGAUGACUUGCUCCCAUGAUCGUGACUCUGCUGAUGUGGUGGGAACAACGACGUUUUUACACAUGAUAUUGAGUUGGAUGACGGAUUUCUAUAACGGCUACUGGAAGCGGAUCGAUGACUUUUUCGGUUCCAUGUCCCUCUCCGAUGGAGAGGACUUCAUUUACGAUCGCGCCUAUUUAAUUCCGCCGUCCCCGGCCGAUAUGUGGACGAACCGGGCGGACUGGAAGCCCUGGCGUCGCGUAGUGGAGACCCUCGCGGCAAACUUGCCGCAUCGGCAGUAUGUGCGUAAUGACAAGUCCGGAGAAGGAGAACCAGGGAGAAACCCGGACUACUUGUCGCCGUACAGAAGGAGCUUAUUUUGGCCGCUGGUCCGGGCCGUGCUCAUGCUCCCCGUGCGAGAAUGGAAAAAGCACGGAGAAAAGACGCAGUUUUUCGCUUUGCCCGAACGGGAACAGUACGCGCAGGCCGCCGUGGCCGCAUUCCUAUUCGACAGCAAGUUCUGCGGCAGUGCGCGUUGGGGCGACGCGGAAGAUGCCGCUUUCGCAAUCGCUCUGGAUACAGCGGAAAUGUCGGCUGGCGCUGCUGCGAAGGUUGUCGCGAAGCAGUUUGCAUCCGGGCAAGAGAUUUACACCUACGAUCCGGAUCGCUCGCUCCGGCAAAGAUACGGCUGGGAUAAGAAGCCGCCACUGGUGAUGACGGACUUCCUGAAACAGAUAAACCGCGGCAGGGCUACCAAACGUUGCUCGUCCUACAGACACCCGAUGAGGUUGCUACUUCGCAAUCUUUAUCAUCUGCAAAAUUAUCGCGCUUGUUCGUACUAAUUCCAGUCAUGCGUGACACAAAUCCAACUUUCCCCCUGAACUUUCUUGAGAUGAUUUGUUUUUAUUGUGAUGCGGUUCAUAUUAGUAGUGCGAGGAUCAGGAUACUUUUGCAAUGCAUAAUCUUCAUACCAGAGGGAAACUGGAACAGUUCCAGGCAUCGUUGUGCAGAUUGUGUGACCUUGCUGGCCUCAAGCUGGAGUGGAUGUCGGAAACGGUGCCAUACUUCAUGAAACACAACGACAAGUCCGCUUGGGAGACGUACAAGCAAGAAGAGAAGGAGCGCCACACGAUGCACGGCAUUGAGCAUGACGCACACUUCAUCGCCACGAGCGUCGGGGGUAUGGCGGUGGCAGCACUCGAGAUGUGGUCGCUUCUGGUUUCCGAGAUCAGGGAAUGUUUCCCAACAGCGGAGCUCUCGUUCGACUUCACUACCACGAUGAAGGAUCUGGAAGACCAUGUCGCAGCAGCGAACGCCGACAUUGUCAGCGUCAUGGAGAAUCUUGGAAUCGCCAAGCAGAUCGACGACGCUUUGGCGGCGGUGGAUUUGUCAUAUACAUGGGAGCGCAAUUUCGCUCCAGGCCUGCGAAAUACGUUCGUCGACAACAAGUUUUCCGAUUCCGAUUUACCUGCGGAAGUCAGAUAAAGUGAUGAAAUGCGUGGCUGGCUAUAUGGAAUAUUGGAAAUUGACCGUGCUUGUUGUUAUUUCAGAAAGUGCACAAGAGCCUCGAAGAAGCUGCAGACUGUAGCUCGAUGAACGGAGAUGAAAUUAUUGCGUCGACGAGCAUGAGUCUCAUGAUCCAUUGUUU